UAUAGUGCGGUAAAUAAAUCCCUGCAAAAGAGCUUAAAACGGUCAUCAUCUCCAUACAAAUGGCUGACCAGGAAGUAAACGGUUAUAACGACGAAGCGAGUGACUUUAAACGAAAAAGUAAUGCUAGUCUCCGAGCUAUUGAACAGGAAGAUGAUGGUGAAGAAACGAUCCAACAAUCAGAAAAAGUACAGGAAUAUAUUCGGAAUAUACUUAGCGAACGGGUAGCCUUGGAUCGGAAAUUUCCCAUUGCUGACCGGCUAUUGGAGUCUGAGGUGGAAUCGGCACAGAAAAAUGGUAAACCACCUGCCCGGCGUUAUAUCGAUAUAUACCGUGAAAAGCCCAUCAAGGUGCAGGUGAAGGUUAUCGUGCCCGUGAAAGAACAUCCGAAGUUCAACUUUGUGGGCAAGCUACUCGGGCCAAAGGGAAACUCAUUGAAGCGACUGCAAGAAGAAACCAUGUGCAAGAUGGCUAUCCUAGGAAGAGGGUCAAUGAAAGAUCGAAAGCGAGAAGAAGAGCUACGAUUAGCGAUGGAUCCCAAAUACGCCCAUUUGAACGAUGAUCUGCAUGUCGAAAUAAAUGCACUAGGACCUCCGGCCGAGGCACACGCACGCAUUGCCUACGCUUUGGCAGAGGUGCGAAAGUUCCUGAUCCCGGACAGUAACGAUUUCAUUCGCCAGGAGCAGAUGCGUGAAAUGUUGGAAGAUCCCGAAUGUGAUAUACCGUUAAAAAAGGUAUACAAAAAAACGAUAUCACAUCCUUCCGUUCACGACAGUGAGCCCUUAUCCAGCUCACCCACGCGGUCGCUACCUCCACAAAAGAAAGUGCUCUCAAUACUCGACAAGGCUCGUUCAGCACUGGAAGAUACGCAUAUGUCUCGCUAUGAGGACACGCGGUACGAACAAAGUCAUUAUGAACCAUCGUAUCACUUUCAUCCCCCGCCACCAGCAAGGGCUAAAUAUGAUCCCAAUACUUACGAUCCAGAAUACCGGAGAAGUUACUACCGUGAGUCGAGCUCAUACGAUGCUCCUUCGAAACCGACCACACCAUCGAUGGGCGGUCGAUCCUGGAAGCCAUCGGCGUACGGUGGGACUUCAUCGCGUGAGGCAAUCAAUCCCAAGCAUCACGCUACACGAGAUCUUCAUUCGUAUCGACAUACACCGUAUGCUCGCCAGUCGAAGUAA